AUGUUCAAAAGAGUCGCUUCUGCUGUGGGAAGUAAAAAUCGCAUCAGCAGCAGUAUUUGCUGCCAUUCGGCUUGUACGAUGACGAGUACUACCACCUCCGUUAGAAACAACACACAACAACAACAACAAAAACGACUCUAUCAAACUACUUCUUCUUCUAAUAUUUUCAAGACCACAAAGCCUGUCUUGUCUUUGAAGAAACAACUAGGAGUAGAGUCGAAGGUAGCAAAGGAAGAACAAGCUGUAUCAUCAGCAACCGUAGCCGAGGACAUGGAGAAUCUUCAGAUGGAUGCUCAUCCAAGAGACUUGAAUAGAACAAUUCUGGAUGAAAUUUACUCUGGAGAACUCUUUGAUACCUACAAUAGAAUGCCUUUGCUCAUCAAAAGAGAUAAAAAGCAAGCUGAUGUUCCCUAUGUUGAGGAACCAGACCUUGCUCCUACUUUUUCGGAUGAAUUUGGGUUGGGUCUCAAGGAAGAAGACGAAGAGGAAAGCAUGUUUGAUGGUAAUGCUAUUGCUGAUUCAUUGGAAAAGGAGAUGAGAAAGGGAGAGCAAUAUGAAGAAGAGAAGCCAAGAAAGGGACACAAACAAAUUAGUUAUGUCGAGCAAGUAGUAAAAGAUACGGAUCAAUUUCUCAAAGAAACUGAGGAGUUCAUACUUACUGAAGAGGAAGAGGCUGAUUUUAAACAAGUUCAAGAGGAGGUGUAUGCCAUUGAUAUGAAUGAAUUGAAAAUCAUUGAAAAGGUUGCAGAUAGGCUUUCCAGUAUGGGCAGCAGAGUUCCAAAGAACAUUUUGAACCCAAAAACUGAAAAAAGCAGCGAAGAUGUUGCAGCAACACUUUCCGAGUUUUCCAACCUGAUUAACGAAAUGAAACCACUUACAAUUGCUACAUUGUCUAGCAUGGAUUCAAACAACAAUCUCUAUCCAGCACACGACUCCACCUAUGUGAACUAUAUGAACGGCAUUGAUGAGAUUGCAAGAUAUCUCACUUAUCUCGAAUUGAAGAAUAAUCAGGGAAAAAUUACUGAGGAUCUUGUACAGCAAGCUAAGCUCUUUGGUUUUGAUGUUUAUGAGCUUCAAAAAGAAUUUAAUGCUGGAAAAACUGUAUCACCUCCAGAUAAUUUUAGAAUUUCAUCAGAACAAGAAAUUGAAGAACAAAUGCGUGAGCUUUUGCAAGUUCCAAUGCCAGAAUCAUUGGAAUACCUAACAAAAGAGGAAGAAGAUGAACAAUUGCAAACGAAAGAGGAAAUGACCGUAAGCGAAGAAGAGGAAGAAGAAGAGGGAGAGGCUAAGGAGGUUGCAGGAGUAGAAGAGGUUGGACAAGAAGAUGUUGAAGAGGAAGGAGUUGAAGAUGAAUUUGAUGAGGAAGAAGAACCAGAGGAAGAAGCGGAAGAGCGUCAAGAAAAAGAAAUUAAGGAACGAUAUAACAAUACUAAUUUGAACUUGACUGAACAAUUCGAAGUCCAAAUGGGUAACUCAGAAAAAGUUAAUGCAGUGCUAGAGGACGAAAGAAGUAAACAAGCUCCAGAUGCAACAAGCACGUAUACUAACUUCAGAAAUAAGCCAAAGUUUAACGAAAAAUUCUCCAUUCCAACCUAUGUGAACAAUGAAGACAUGAUGAUUGCCAAAAAGUGCAACGUAUUCGACGUGGCAAAACAAUUUGGAAUUAAGUUAGAGGAUGAUUCAUUACUGCCAGAACUUUCUGAUUUGACACCUCAAGAAAAAUCAGAUUUUAUUGAAAAGCAAUUAGAAUUUGCUGAAAUGCCAUUCCAGUCGGUACAGGCUCAAAGAAAGGAAAUCAGAGAAAGACAGGCUGAAGAAAAAGGAGAAGAGAUAAAGACUGAGUACGAUAAGCUCGACGAAUAUUUGGAUGAUGAGGUCACUCGUGCAUUAGAAUUAGAAGAACUUCCAAAAGAAAUAGAAGAGGAAGCAGAAGAUCAAGUCACAGAGGCUCAAUCAUUUGUGGAUACAGUAGUACUCAAGCAUGACAAUCCAUACGAACCAUUCAUGCUUGCCACCCAUCCUCAUUUAUUUGUUAAUGCUGAUGCCAAUUUUACUGAGACCGAUGUUGGAAGAUUGUUUGUUAUUACUCCCGAAAACCACAAGAAGUACUUCUCCAUCACUGGAACAGGCGGAGACUUGGAUAAAACCUUUGCCCAAAUUUUGCAAAGGGCUUUACUUGUAAGAGAGCCAGUUUUACCAAUCAUUAACGAGAUCCAAAGCUUGGCAAAAAAUAAGAGAAAACAAACAACAGAUCCUGGAUAUUUAUUUACGGGUAUUCAAGGCAGCGGAAAGAGCGCCUGCUUGGCAACAUGUGUGUACAAUGCAUAUUUGAACGGUGUUUUGGUUGUUCAUAUACCAUCAGCAUAUCAUUGGACCUAUGGCAUUCACUUUGUUGAGCCAUCACCAGUACUACAAGGAUACUUUGAUGCUCCACUUCCAACAAGAGAUUUUUUGAAGGCCUUUAUGUCAGGAAACUCUGAAAUUUUGAAGAAAAUGAAGUUAAGCAGAACAUUUAACUUGCCUUUAGAGUCCGGACAAAAGAUGCCAACUACAUUGUACGAACUGUGCGAAUAUGCUCUCUUGAUGGAAAGCAACAUUUCUGUUAUCUUCAAAUUCGUAAUGGACGAAUUAAUUAAUGAUAAGGAGACUCCAAUGCUAUUUGCAAUUGACGACUACAAUUUCUUGCACGACUAUACAUACUACCACUAUGGUAACCUUGAUGAUUUUACCACUGUUCCUCCACAAAGAGUUCAUGCAAAGAAUUACACUCUUGUGAGAGCCCUCAACAGAAUUAUUCAACAAAAUGCUCCAAAUAAGCUCGUUGUUGCUGCUAACACUAACAAAAAUAAGACUCCAAAUAGAGUUUACAUUCCAAAAGACGAAGUAUUGGAUCCAGUUUAUGUUCCACCAAGAUACACGUACGAAGAACUUGAAAAUAUUGUUGAAUUUUAUCAAGCUUCUGCAUUUGUAUUUGGAGACAAGGAAGAUUUUAUGGAGGAUUUACUAUUUAUGAGCGGUGGUGUUCCUCAUAGAGUGUUCAAACAUAUGUCUUUAUUCUAA